AUGUUCACUGCAGUGACCGGAAAGCACACCACGUUCUCUUGCCAGCUGGAGGACGAUUCGGCCCUCGGCGUGCCGGACUUUUGGUUUGGGGGCGCUCGUGCCGGCAGCGCGCUGCUGCUCGGAGAGGGCAAGACGCCGUUGAUGCUGGGUGCGUGUCUCUCGCUGCACGAGGCGGUCCGCGACGAAGAGAUCGCCUCCAGUUGUGCGGAGGAAAUAUGUGACUACAUGCGCAAGCGGGGCAUGACAUACGGCUUCCUGACGUGCCUCAACAGCACGUACUUCAUAAGGCGCACGGGGCGUGACCGAUACGAGUUCACAGACGCGAUCAGGCCCUUUGACACAGGCCCCACUGUCCUCGAGAUGCUGAUGUACGUGUUGAUGAAGCAAGAGGAGGCCGGCCCUUGGCCGAGCGCCACGGAGGGCGGCGAGCAGCAGGCUGUGCCAGCUGGCGCCACCUCGGCAGCAGCAGCGGCAGCCAGCCGCAAUCAGCGGUACCCUCUGUGCUCGCGCAUAGCGGACGCCAGCGGGGCCAGCGGUGGCCAGAAGGCUGGCAGCUCUGAGCAGGAACACGCCGCGUCUGCUCUGGAGCUCACCGGCAAGCGCUUGGGGUGGGGCAAGUGCGGCGGCGUCAAUGUUGGCUGGUUCCACGGGCAACCGGCUGCAAUCAAGGCGAUAGACCUCUCUAAGCAGGGCUCCCUGCUGCCCGCGCUGCAGGCGGAGGUGGCAAUCUACGACCGCCUGAAGCCGCUGCAGGGCGUGUGCAUCCCCGUCCUGUAUGGCUGCGGCUUCUGGAACUACAGAAACACGUAUUUUGUGGCCACAUCAAUCGUGGCUGGCAAGCAGCCUGGCCGCAGCACACGGGAGGGACGCCAGGCUGCGGAGCAGGCGCUGCGGCAGAUCCACGCCCGGGGCGUUCUUCACGGCGACAUCAGACGCCCAAACAUCUUUGUGGCUGUCGUGGACGGCCGCUGGGAGGCGUGGAUCAUCGACUUUGAUUUUGCCACAGCUUCAAGCGAUGCGGACGCUCAAGCCGCUGAGCUGGCGGAGCUGCUGGCGCUGUUCGGGCCCUCUUGA